AUGAUAUUAGAUGCAGCAGCAGGUGGAACAAUGAUGAGUGUAGAUGCGGAGCAAGCAACAAGAAUAAUUGAGGCAUUGGCAUCCACAGAUCAUCAAGCUCAACAUAAUAGGCAGACUGUUCAGAGGAAGGGAGUGCUUGAUCUUAGUACUACAGAUGCGAUCUUAGCUCAGAAUAAGAUUCUGACUCAACAGAUUGAAGCACUGACAAAGCAAAUGUCUAAAUUACCAGAGCAGUUGCAAGUUGUGCAAUCUUCUCCUAGUCAACAACCCAUGAGAUGUGACUUCUGUGGAGGAGAUCAUCCAAAUGGUCAUUGUUCUUAUCAGAGUAGCUCACAAGGAGAAGUUCAAUAUGUGAGCAACCAAGGAAGACCAGGAAAUUUCUCCAACAAUAACAACUUUUCAGGGUGGAGAAACAAUCCAAAUCAGAAUUUUGGAUGGAAGCAAGAUGCUGGUCCUUCAAACAGACAACCUCCUUAUCAACAACAACAACAACAUUAUCCUUCGGUGCAUGACAGAACAUCUAAACUGGAGGAUACUUUAGAAAAGUUUAUGCAAGCUUCUUUGACUAAUCAGAAAAAUACAGAAGCUUCAAUCAGAAAUCUCGAAACACAGGUUGGACAGUUGGCGAAACAAUUAUCAGAUCAGCAGACAAGUCAAUUUUCAGCCAACACUCAGACUAAUCCCAAGGAGCAGUGUAAAUCUAUUACCACCCGAAGUGGUAAAGUUGUGGGAAGAGGGAUUGGAGACAACCUGGAAAAGGAAGAAAAAAAUAAAAGUGAGGAGAAAAAGAGGGAGAAGGGUGAGAAACAGGUGCCUCAGUUGAAGAGCCUACCAUACCCUCAAAAUCCCUCCAAAAAAGACAAGGAAAGGCAGUUUGCAAGAUUCAUGGACAUUUUCAAGCGACUGCAGAUUAACAUCCCUUUUGUGGAAGCUAUGGAGCAGAUGCCGACAUAUGCAAAAUUCAUGAAAGAGCUCCUAACAAAAAAGAGAAGAUUCUCUGAAGAGACAGUGGAGCUUGAAGCAGGGUGUAGUGCUAUAAUUCAGAAAUCAUUACCUCAGAAAUCUAAAGACCCUGGGAGCUUCACUAUUCCAGUUACAAUCGGGACAUUACCAGUGGGAAAGGCAUUGCUUGAUCUGGGUGCCAGUAUAAAUUUGAUGCCUUUGUCUAUAGGAGAUCUGGAAGUGAGGCCUACACGGAUGACAUUACAGCUAGCUGACAGAUCCAUGAAGUAUCCUUAUGGUGUGGCAGAGGAUGUCUUGGUUAAGGUUGACAAAUUCAUGUUCCCAGUUGAUUUUGUAGUAAUGGAUAUUGAGGAAGACACUGAAGUUCCUCUAAUACUGGGAAGACCUUUCAUGAAGACGGCCAAGGUCAUUAUUGACGUCGAUGAUGGCAAAUUGAAGGUCAGGGUGCAAGAUGAUGAAGUCAACUUUAAUGUAUUUGAAGCAAUGCAGCACCCGAAGGACAAGCAACAAUGCUUCAGGAUGGAUGUGAUAGAUGAACUUUUUCUGUCAUCCAGGAAGCAAUUAGCAAAGGCAAGCCCAUUGGAAAAAGCUUUGAUUGGUGCUUGUGAUGAUCUGGAGGAAGAUGAAGAAAAGGAAGUUGAUGAAUACAUGACACAUCUAAAUUCAGCAAAAGAAAUUGCAUCAAAUGAUAUACAACCUGAGAAAUUGCAGCAAGAAAAUAGAACUGAAAGUCAGAAGCUGGAGCUAAAGGUAUUACCUCCUCAUUUAAAAUAUGUUUUUCUUGCAGAUGGAGGUAAUAAACCAGUGGUGAUCAGUAAUGCUUUAACGGCUUCUGAAGAGGAAAAGCUGAUUUCAGUUCUUAAAGCCAACGAGGGUGCAAUAGGUUGGACUUUAUCUGACCUUAAAGGAAUUAGUCCAUCCUACUGUAUGCACAGAAUUCAUAUGGAGCAAGACUACAAGCCUGUAGCACAGCCUCAGCGGCGAUUGAAUCCAACCAUGAAAGAGGUGGUCAAGAAAGAAGUAAUGAAGUUACUUGAUGCAGGUAUGAUCUAUCCAAUCUCCGACAGUGCCUGGGUCAGCCCGGUCCAGGUAGUUCCAAAAAAGGGAGGUAUGACUGUUAUUUGUAAUGAUAAAAAUGAAUUAAUUCCUACUAGAACAGUCACAGGUAUUGAAGUUGAUAAAGCUAAAGUGGAGAUCAUUGAAAAGCUGCCACCACCCAAAAACGUAAAGGGUAUCAGGAGUUUUCUAGGCCAUGCUGGAUUCUACAGACGAUUCAUCAAAGAUUUCUCCAAAAUUGCCAAACCACUCAGCAAUCUGCUCAACAAGGAUACACCUUUUAAUUUUGAUGUUGAAUGUUUGCAUGCAUUUGAAUUGUUAAAACAAAAAUUGGUUUCAGCUCCUGUGAUAAUUGCUCCUGAUUGGAAUUUAGGCUUUGAGUUAAUGUGUGAUGCAAGUGACUAUGCCAUAGGAGCAGUUUUAGGACAGAGGAAAUCCAAAGUUUUUCAUGCUAUACACUAUGCUAGCAAAGUCCUUAAUGAAGCUCAAAUUAAUUAUGCAACAACUGAAAAGGAAUUGCUAGCUAUAGUUUAUGCAUUGGAAAAAUUUAGAGCAUAUUUGAUUGGUUCAUCUGUCACUGUAUAUACUGAUCAUGCUGCAAUUAAAUAUUUGUUAACCAAAUCUGAUUCAAAACCAAGACUAAUUAGAUGGAUCUUAUUGUUGCAGGAAUUUGAUUUGGUGAUCAAGGAUAAAAAGGGAAGUGAAAACUUUGUAGCUGAUCAUUUGUCUAGAUUGGUGAAUACUGAGGUGACCAACACUCAAUCAGAGGUGCAGGAGGAGUUUCCUGAUGAAAAAUUGAUGAUGGUGCAAGAAAGGCCAUGGUUUGCUGACAUGGCAAAUUUCAAAGCUGCAGGGGUUAUACCUGAAGAUCUUAAUUGGCACCAGAAGAGGAAAUUCCUGAGAGAUGCACACCAAUAUGUGUGGGAUGAUCCUCAUUUGUUCAAAAUUGGAGCUGAUCAAUUGUUGAGAAGGUGUGUAUCCAAUGAUGAGGCAAAAAACAUUCUGUGGCACUGUUAUAGUUCCCCAUAUGGAGGGCAUUUUAAUGGAGAGAGGACAGCUGCAAAAGUCCUCCAAUCUGGAUUUUAUUGGCCCACCUUAUUCAAAGACGCACACAAAUAUGUGCAACACUGCAAUAGCUGUCAGAGAAUAGGGGGGAUCUCAAAAAGACAUGAAAUGCCACUGAAUAUCAUUUUAGAGGUUGAGGCUUUUGAUUGUUGGGGAAUCGACUUUGUGGGACCACUGCCAUCUUCUUUCUCAAAUGAAUACAUUUUGGUGGCAGUUGAUUAUGUGACAAAGUGGGUUGAAGCAGUAGCAGCUCCUAAGGCCGAUGCCAAAACUGUAAUCAAAUUUCUCAAGCGGAACAUCUUUUGCAGGUUUGGUACUCCAAGAGUGUUGAUUAGUGAUGGUGGUUCACACUUUUGCAAUGCUCAACUUCAGAAAUGUUUGGAACAUUAUGGAGUGCGGCAUAAAAUUGCAUCACCUUAUCAUCCACAGACCAAUGGACAAGCGGAGGUGUCAAACAGGGAAAUCAAGCGUAUUCUAGAGAAGACUGUGGCAUCUUCAAGAAAAGAUUGGUCAAUGAAGUUGGAUGAUGCACUCUGGGCAUACAGAACUGCUUAUAAAUCUCCCACAGGUUUAUUCCCAUUCCAGCUGGUAUAUGGUAAGUCAUGUCACUUACCGGUUGAACUAGAACACAAGGCAUUCUGGGCCUUGAAAUUCUUGAAUUUUGAUCCAAAGGCAGCAGGAGAAAAGAGAAAACUACAGCUGCAAGAAUUGGAAGAAAUGAGACUCAGCGCUUAUGAGUCCUCUAAGCUCUACAAGGAAAAGAUGAAAGCUUAUCAUGACAAGAAAAUUCUCAAAAGAGAAUUUUAUCUUGGUCAAUCAGUGUUAUUGUUCAAUUCCAGGUUGAGGCUAUUCCCUGGAAAGCUAAAAUCAAAGUGGUCAGGACCAUUUCUUGUCAAGAAUGUGAGACCUUAUGGAGCCAUUGAACUAGAGGAUCCUGAAUCUAAAAGGAGCUGGGUUGUAAACGGGCAAAGGUUGAAGCCCUAUCUUGGUGGUGAGAUUGAUAGGCUCGCCACAAUCAUUCAACUUGAUGAACCUUAA